GGAAAAAGAAGAUAAAACAGACAACGGACUAAAACAAAUAGCCCACCGCCUCAAAAUUACAUAUAUAUACACUCAGGAAAUCUCGCCACUCUACGUACAUCUGCAUUUUUCCUUGAAAGAUUCUUAUUAAUAGUGAAAUAAAACUCUUUCUCUUAGAUUUCAUUUUUCAUUGUUGGGUUAAAAAUGUUGGCUAUUUUUCACGAGGCGUUUGCUCAUCCGCCGGAGGAACUACAUAGUCCGGCGUCUGAGAAAUGCUCUAAACAGCCAAAACUUCCAGGAGAAACCCUAAACGAUUUCUUAUCUCGUUACCCUCUCAACACUUUCUCCAUGUCUUUUGGUCAAGCAGCUGUUCUUGCUUACGUUCGUCCCUCUGCUUCCUUCUCUAUCCACCAGAGGCUGUUUUGUGGAUUUGAUGACAUCUACUGUCUAUUCUUUGGGAGCUUGAACAAUCUGUGUGACCUAAACAAGCAAUACGGUCUUACCAAGACAACAAACGAGGCCAUGUUUGUGAUUGAAGCUUAUAGGACACUUAGAGACAGAGGUCCUUAUCCAGCUGAUCAGGUCGUCAAGGGUUUGGACGGAAGUUUUGCCUUUGUCGUUUAUGAUAGCAAAGCCGGUUCUGUCUUCACAGCUCUGGGAUCUGAUGGAGGAGUCAAGCUCUUUUGGGGCAUAGCUGCUGAUGGAUCUGUUGUGAUAUCAGAUGAUUUGGAUGUUAUCAAAGAGGGUUGUGCUAAAUCUUUUGCUCCAUUUCCUACAGGAUGCAUGUUCCACAGUGAAGGAGGGUUAAUGAGCUUUGAGCAUCCGAUGAACAAGAUCAAGGCGAUGCCAAGAGUGGACAGUGAAGGAGUUCUAUGCGGUGCCAACUUCAAGGUGGAUGUGUACUCUCGUGUUAACAGUAUCCCUCGUCGAGGAAGUGAAGCCAAUUGGUCUCUCUGAAAAAGACGGUCUCUUUUUUUUUCUUGCACUUUCUUGUUCCGUUCUUGUUCUUCUCCACUUUCAGUUAUGUACUGUUUUCUAAUAAACCCAUGAAUAAGACUGUAUAUAGCGUUCGAGGUUCUGUUUCUACCUACUAGACAAAUAAAAUUUUCAACGCUCGUUAUCUGGUUGAUCAGAGUAU